GGGGAAAUCGUCCGGCGUUGCUGGUACGUCUGGCCGUUGAAGCAAUCCUGCCGUAUUAAGCAGCUGAACGUAUACCGUAACGAAAGCUGCCCGGCCUUAAACAGCUGGCCUCCCGGUCCCUGUCCGUUUAGGUGAUUAUCCCCCACCAUCACAAUCUACUAUUUUCGAUUCACUCCGGGCCAAGUUCGCAGCAUUGGACGAUGUAUCCCGGCGGAGGGCAAGCUUGUGAAGCUGGGGUGGGGGUCGUUGAGCCAAGUCGCAUCUGCGGCAUCCGGAGGAAGGUGUUCUGGCUAUGGCUUCUCGGCGGCGCCAUGGUCAUCGCCCUCGCCAUCGCCAUCGGUAUCGGCGCCGGAUACGCUGUCAACGGCAACCGCAACUACAGCGGCCACGAGAAUACGUCCAGCCACGCUACGGAAUGAUCCGUCGCUGCUCUGGGCUUCUGGAAAAACUCCUUGUCUUCCAUCGCUACGAGGCCGUGCGACUCUCACCUUCGCUACGGUUCUCUUCCUCCGUCUGUGCCUUGCGCAUGACAUGGUGGUUUUGUUACUAUUAUCACUCUACGACCUCUGGCAUUUGCUCUGUGUUUCCCCGCAUCAUCUACCGAGCCUGUCGUCAACUUCGCUUUUGCCAGACCUGCAUCAGCGAAGGCAGGGCAUAUCAUAUCAAUCGAAUGAAUGGAGAUGAAGACGACUUCUCGUGGCCCGCCCCUCCUCGAAGGGGCUGUAUAAACAAGAAACGAAAACGACCUCGGAUUCUCAGAAACCCGGCCAUAUCAAGAACUGACACCUACUUCUGCCGCGGUCGAUCGAGACGGCAUUAUAUACUUUGUCGUACCCGUGUCGAAUUGGGAUCUGCUUCCAACAGGAUUGGGAUACGUGUUUCUCUGUCGACCGUCUCUGCCGCGUCAAACACGGGCGGCCUACACAUGGUACGCAGCUCUCUGGCAUAUUGGGCUGGGGGAGGGAGAGCGAGCAUUUCCAAGCAUACUCAAGCAUACUAGGCGCAUGGAAAGGAGGGAAAGGCAAUGGACAUGGAUGGGUUCGGCGUUGAGGGAUUUCGGGAUAUCGUUUUUGAUGAAAUCAAGAUACAAACAAGGCACUGUGUAUAGAUAUUAGCUUGCUCGUCUCACCAAGGUGAACAACCGAGACGUCGCGGACUGCCGGACGAAAGAACCAAGCGCGAAGCUUCUCAGCUCCUUGGCUUCGCAUGAUGCCGAUCGCAACAGCCAAGCACCCCCCCCGGGGGGGGGGCCUUGGACAAGAAUCCGGGACU